AUGUCACUGUUGGUUACCUACAUCUUUGUCUACGAAGACCUGAUAUCCUUGACCUGCGGUGCCGUUAUCAUCUGGUAUUUUGCCGGCAGCUUUGAGAAGAACGUUGGCACUGUGAAGCACUGCUUCCUCACCAUGGCGUUUGCCGUCCUCUCUGCCCUCCUGUACCUCUUACUCGAGACCGUUGUCUCGAGGGUGUCAGAGGUGGAAGAUGCCAAAGGAUUCAUGCCAGUAGCUUUUGCUACGUUGGGUGUGUCCACCACCCGCUCGCGGAUGAAGAGGACGCUGUUUUUUGGCGUUAGAGUUCCAGUGGUGCUGGUGCCAUGGUUUAUGCUCUGCAUAGCAUGGUUUAUCCCCGGCUCUUCUCUCUUGAGUAACCUGUCUGGGCUCCUAGCUGGGGAAGCCUAUGGUCUCGGCUACUGUUUCUGCUUGGAUUUUCCGGAGUCGGUGGGCUCUAAGCUGGACCGGGUGUUCCCUUUCAGCCUGCUAAGGAGGAUACCAGGGCUGAAAUAUAUCCCAGGGUCCUUAGCGGAGAGAAGAGCCUUUGAAAGCAGCAAGGUUAAGCCUGCACCAGGCGCCUACCCCACCCAAAUCUACUACUGCUCUUCGCCUCCGGCUCUUCCCGCUUUCCAGAUGCAGCAACCUGACGCUCAGAGUCAGGGGUUUCAACACAGCUGUGCGCCGGGAUGCGGCCAUGCUCUGGGACUCGAGGGAUCUCAGCAUGGCCAUGCUGCAGGACACAGCCUCCCUUCUUCCCCCCAGCAAGCCAGAGGUGCCUUCAGAGAGUCUUACGUGCAGGCCCACGCUGGAGCCUCGCCUGGACAGUGCUGCCAGCUGGGCAAGUUCUCUCCCCCGCAGCGCGUGUGCCCAACUGAUCCACGGACACCCGCAGGCGUGGGCCCCCUGGCUGGGGUUCAGCAAGCAUCAGGGUAUCCAGCAGCCACAGCGGCUCCUGUUUCUGCUGAAUUUUCGAGAGUCCAGGUGUACUGAUCCUCCAGAAAGCAGCAGGACUCUCAUACCGUGGCAGGACCAUUGUGUGAUGCUCACGCGGCAGCGUGUUGCUGGCAUCUUUGCUGGAUCUGGGGUGACUAGUGCAAUGGGUUGGUAGCUCCACUGUAGCCCAUUCCCCUGCUCCCUGGCACAGGCUAUUUUAAUUAUAGUUCCUUUAUAAAUUUUUUUUUUUUUUUUUUUUACUUUUUGAUAUCGCUGGGGGAUGGGGACUGUAUCACCUCUGUGCGCUUCUCAUCCUUUUGGAGUCUUUUUUUCAUUGCUGUAUUUAGCAGCUGCCUUUUUCCACGCUGGCGCUAGAGUUACAGUGCAUCAGCUCCCCAACUCAAGCUAGGAACCUAAUUGUCAAAACACUGGACUAAUCUGGGCUUUAACCGGGCUGCAGCAAUAAGGACGUGUCCCAUCUGCACUGAGGCUUUUAGCCUCUGAGCUUGUUUACAGGUGUGACGUAGCUAGGACCCAAAAGAAGCUGAAAUCAUGAAAGCCUUAGUUUAUAAUAUUUGAGUGGAGGAGGACAGAUGUCUGUUCUAGAAGUCACUUCUCCGCUAAGAGUGUGCCUUGAAGGGGGCUUGUUAAACCAGGGCUGGGGCAAGAGGACAGAAUACAGAACACCCUUUUCUGCCCCCCAAAACACAGCUCUAAAACGCUGAAGGUCCUUCUUAGCUGCAGCCUGUGCAUGCAUCGACACGUUGCCUUCCUUAUCUGAUAGCACUGCACUAGCUCGGCCUGUGUUGCCAGCGCUUGUUGAUACGGCAACCUCAGAUGCGUGCAAAGGAGUGGAAGGCCCUUUAAUAAGGGAUUUUGGCCACUUGUGGAGCAAACGUAUAUAAACCCAAGGAGCUGGGUGGGACCUUAACGGUGGGACCUUAACAGUGGGUUAGAAGAACUAACUGGAGUGUAGGUAUUCCAUUGGGGGUGUUCACACUGCUCAGCUUUAGAUGUCUCACCCACCAACAUUGCCACAAUCUCUCUCUGUUUUCUUCAGGGCUGGUGGAAAGGCGUGUGGGAGAGGGGAGUUUUCAGCAAGGGAUUCAGAGCAGGAUGCAGUGUUUGGUGCCUGUGGCAGUAACGAAGGAGUUUGGUUGAGUUGGUGGGACUUGAGCUUUAUUUCCAGCUGUGUAGCUGCUUUACUGUGCCAUGCCCGGGAGGAAUCUGCUGUCUCUGUGUCUGUAAAUCAGCCAGGAUCUCAACUAUUGCCCUUGACUCUUCGCUUAGAGUUUUGUGGUGCUCCAAAAAAAAAAAAAGUGCUACAUGAAGCGCGAAGUGCCAUUCCUGCUCUUGGAGAUGUUCUUGCAGUGCCUAACCUGUCCCCCAGAAACCGCGGUAGCCUCGGGGCUCUUCCAUGCUAUCAGUGAGCCGGGGUCAUGGGCGGCAUUGGCAGCUGCAUGCUCCAAAGCACGUACGUGCCUCUUUCUUUUUUUUCCCCUCUUCCGUGUCUGAAGGAGCCCCGUGUUGCCCUACAGCCGCUCGCUUCUCCGGCAGCCCUUCUGGGAUGACUGCCGCAGUUACGUGUGGCCUCGCAGGGCCUUGCUUUGGGGGAAGGCCAAAGCGAAUGCUGGGGACUUAGACCUCAGAUGCACGUUAGUAAGAAGCUCUGCUCGCAAAGGUGGGCACCCCUGGGCAGGGGCUUUCUGCAGGAGGAUGCAGCAAUUUGGGAACCAGCCUGGAGUUGGUGGCCAGCUCCGUCUCAUCCCUGAUUGUUUCACCCCUCCAUGGGAUCACAAAUGGACUUGACUUCAUGGUCCUGUUUUUCCUGCUGACAGCAAUUGCUUUGUUACAUGAUUAGUGUGGAGCAAGAACAGGAUAAGGUGCUUGUCUGGAACCGGGAAAGAAAUGCUGGAGGUAACACCGAAAUGUUGAUGCUCCACUCUCAUCAGUGCCUUGAUUUUCCUCCUUGCGAGAUCCUUGCCUGUAAACCUCGGAAUUUUAUCACUGUUUUUUCCAGAAACGUGCAGAAGGGUGAUGAGGACUGGUAGCAAUCGCAAAUGUUGCGUACCUCCAAUUUGUAAGCUU